GCUCCACCUCCCUCGGCGGGCGGGCGGGUGAAGAAGAAGCUCCGGUCCCGUUAUUUCAAGGUUGUCGUCUCCUGCAGGAGCCUCUCCGCUCGGGUCCUAUGGGAUUUCUGAUAACCGCAGUGUGUCUGUGGGCUGCAGUCGGAGUGGGAAGCCGGCCGGUGACCUCGCCCCUGAAAGAUGCAAAGGUUGAAUGUAUCAUUCAGGAAACGCUGAACGACGACGGGUCACAACAUGCGUGUGGUCCACAGCUCGCAGAGGAACUCGACGAUGUGCAAAGACAUCAGGGUCUGCUCAGGGAGCUGCAGCAGUUGGCUGACGAUGAGAGAGACAGGGAGCACGGGAACGAUCGUUACGAGUACAACUUGGCUGACGACGAGAGCAACUUUGAGCAGAGGGAUGAGGAGGAGAAGGAGCAGAGGGACCUGACCACCCUCGUGACAAAGACGGACGAAAAGAGGGCCGACGAGACGGAGGACGAUGAGACCAAAGAGAGGAUGAUGGAGAAGCCACGAGUCGACGACCCGGGGAGGGACGAUGAAGAGGAGAGAGCCAGGGAGCUCGAGGAGCUGCUGGCCGAAGAGAUCACCAAGAAAGGGACGGAGGAGAGGAAUGACGAAGAGCUCAAAGAACUGCUCAAAGAGCUGAAAAAGAAGCGAUACGAGGCUGUGAAGGAGAGGGAGAUCCAGAAGGGCUCUGGAUCGGAGCAGGAGGCGGAAGUGGGGGAAGAUAAGAAGGAAGAGGAGGACAAAGGGACUAAAGGACUAACGGCGGAAGAUGUGGAGAAGCAAAAGAUGGAGGAGAGGAAGAAGAACGAAGUGGAGCUGAUGGUGGAGAAGGAGAAAGUGGAGAAGGAGCUAAAGGAGCUUUUCAAAGAGCAGGACAGCAAGAACGUGCCACAGCAGGAGAGGGAGCGGAAGGAGAAGCAGGAGGAGCUGGACGAACUCGUGAGGAAGAUGAAGCGGGUGCAGGAGGAGGAGGAGGACGAGACGCAGGGCGGGACGAAAGAGGACGGGGUGGAGGACGUGCCGCCGUCGGUGGAGGAGAAGAGUGAAAAGGCGGAGGGAGAAGGAGAAAAGGAGCCUGAUGAGAAAGCAGAGAAUGAGGUGAAGAAGAAGGAGGAGGAGGUGAAGGAGCCUCAGCAAAAGAGAGUGAUGGAGAAGGCCAGCGACGAGGCCACGCGGCAGUUUGAGCGGGAGCGGUACAAGGGCGAGGAGGAAGAGGAGGAAAACGGGGAGGACGAUGAGGACGAGUACGUCCGGGAGGAUGAAGAGGGCCAGGAGGAGGAAGACGAUGAUGAUGAUGAGGGUGAUGCUGAAGAGGACGAAGGGGAGGAGCUGCUGGAGAUUGAAGCAGAGCUGCGCAAAGUGGCUGCGGAGCUGAGACAGCUUCGCAGGGGAUAAGUCUCUCGCACACACACGUACAACAACAACAACAACAACAACAACACACACACUAGGCUAACAAAACCUUUCGUUGCAUUCUCAGUCACAGUCACACACGAUUUCCGCUGAAUAGCCCUCAAGUCCCUUCAGCACUCAGAGAAAACACCGUCGGAUGUGAAUCUGUAAAUGAACAUUCGUAGAAACUGUACAUACCGUUGUUCCAUCUCUGCUUUUAGAUCGCCCGGGAAAAGGGCCGUCGCUCGAGAUUUCCAUUUCUGGAGAAUCAAGCUUGUCGUGUCCAUCACUCGUGUCACCGUCUCUGUACCUGUAAACGCUGUUUGUGAGGUCGACGGGUGACAUGUUCACGUCAGUUGUAAAACCGCCACGGGCGCACAGCAUCCAGCACUUUGAUUCAAAUGUUUAAUUUUCACUGCGGAUUGCCGAAAACCACGAUGCACACCACCGUCUCUGAAAUGUGAUGUCAUGAGUACUGGCAGUCUCCUCUGUGGUGUGUUCUCGGUGGGAGAAACAGAUUCCCUACAAUAAGUAAUAUGUGCAUUUCAGUAUAUAUAUUGUGCAAUAAUUGACAACUAUGUGUAAACUGUUCCUGCUCUUCUGACUGUUAACAAUAUAUAUUUCUGACAUUUCUACAGCAGGACGUCAUUGUUUCCUCUUAACUUUCUCUGAUGAUGAAGUAGAAGCCGAGGAUUGUGUUUUAUUUGGCUCACGCACUGUUAAAAAAAAACCAGGACUGUUUGCGACCAACCACGGUGACACGGACGGUAGAUUGUAAAUUCUGCACGGCAACACAUAGGUCAGACGUUCAUGCGCGUGGGUCCGUGUGAGGGACGACAGGAUGUGAUGUACUUAGGGCUUACAAGGACUAAAAGUGUCACUUCAGGUUCUCGGUCAGCUUUGCACUCUUAUCUUAACAAGCCAAGGAAGGAGCCGAGGGAAGAGGGAGGCGCUCAAAGCCAUUUUGUUGUUGUUCGGUGAAAACAGCAACUGUAACUUUACCAAACGCUCAAGUCGUGUUACUUCACCGUUUUUCAUGGCGGUCGCGUCACUCGUGUAAAUAUUAAAUGUCACGGUCUUAAAGCCAAGGUCAUAGGCAAUGUGAAGCAACGGCGCCCCCAAGAGGACACUGGGCAGAAAUGCACAUGCAGGUGCAGGACAAUUAACAGGGUUUCACCACUGGAGGCCCAAGAAACUGCAAUAACACAGCGUAGACUACAGCACACAUGAAUGCAAUAAUAAUUCUAAAUAAUAAUUCACAAUUUCAUGUAUUCAUGAAUAUUUAAUCAAAGUGCAUCGUGUCGUUCUCACCUAGCAAAUAUAAUCUCUCUUUUCUUUUCUACACAGCCAAGAUUUACAAUACAUUUGUGUAUUUAAACAACAACUUAGUAAUAGACAACAAAUCAUCGAUGAGCUCGUUGCUGUCGAUUCCGAAGAGGCGAGUUGAUGUGUGAUCUCUUGGGAAUAAAUUAAUAAUAAUAAAAAAUGAAUGUACUAUAGAUUUCUUUUUAUAGAGAAGUACAAAAUGUUUCCACCAAAAUGUAUCUUACAAAAAAGCAAGACGACAGAUGUAGGAAAUGAACAGAAACAUCAUUUGUAAUAUUACCGGCCAAUCAGAGUGCUGUAUUUUGUGCCUGCUGUAUCUUCUUCUAUGCUAACUGUCAAUCAAUAAAAAGAGAGGGGUUCAAACCGC